AUAACCUUAAAAAUUAAUAUUUUGAAUGAUUUAAUUUAAAAAUGUUAAUUGUAUUAAAGAAUUGUUUACCUUUUAAGUAUUAACGAUGAAUAUUAGAAAAAUAACGAGAAUAAUGAAGCCAGGAGUGAGGGAUCCCCGCAUUUCUGGCAUAUUCCAAUCUUCAAGUAAAAAUUUCCUCAAUUCAAGUCUCUCUGGUUCAGCGCGUUUGAAUCACAAUAAACCAAAUGAAAGAAAACUUAGUAAAAAUACACCGCUGUACAAAACUAAAGAAGCCAAGAAAGUACGGUAUUACAUUGUCGAAAAAUACGUAGAGUACUUAAAAAAGUUAGAAACGAUAUUGGAGAAAAGAUUCCCCGGUGCUAUGAAAGUAUACAAACAUUUCCUGGAAGGCGUGCGAUUGUUCGUGACCGAUACCAAAGAAUUCUUCAGAAUAGUCAGGCUCUUGAACACUCCAGGUAAGAGUUUCCAAGAUCUGUCCCGACAAGAAAUGGAACUGUACAUUCAAAUGCCCAGAGACAUGAAAAAGGUCGCCCCAAUUCUACUACUAACUGCCCUGCCCUUCGGAACCGCCAUCUUGCCUCUAACCCACAUGUUCCCGAGGCACCUCCUGUGCUCGCACUUCUGGACCGCCCAGCAAAAGUCCGAAUUCCAGUUGUUCAACCUCAAGCACCGGCUCACCCACAACCGGCCGCUGUUCAGGCACUUGCAGAGCCAGCUCGACUUUCUGAGGAACCAACGGUUGUACGAGCAAUGGAGGGAGGUCAUCGCGAUGAUAGGCAGCGGUCAGCAACCUCCCGUUAAAAAGAUCCUAGAAUGCAGGGAUUUGUUCACCUCGGAGCCCUAUCAUCUGCUUUACAUAAGCAGGAAUCAUGUGAUACACUUGUGUAAGUUGCACGAAAUGACAACGGGCGUGUUCUUCAGGAGGGUCCGACUGGCCGAGCGGGCGUACAUUAUAAAAGAAAUGGAUAGAGCUAUAGCGAGAGAAGGUGGAGUCGAAAAGUUACCGUUAGAUGCCUUACGAAAAUGCUGUUACAUUAGAGGUUUGAAUCCGGCCGAUGUACAAACUGAAGAGAUGAUUAGAUACUUGAACAAUUGGCUGGAAUUGUCUUCGAAUAUCAACAGGCAUUGUUAUUCGUUGCUUUUGCACGCGCCGGUACUACUCGCCUACAAUUCGCCAUCUAACUGGCGCUUGAUUUACCAAGAAAAGACCAAUUAGUUAUUCGCUAUGCAUUAUUCGAAGAAUCUAGUCAUUAAUUUUUAUUCAAAAAAUCGGCGUAAUAGUAAGUAUUAACAUUC